AUGUCUAGGAAACAGUUUUUCGUGGUUUUGAAGGAAAUUGCUGAACAGACAGGAGAUCAUGAAGCAGUGCGACGUUUGCAGCGUGAACUGGAGGAGUUGGAUUCGAGGGCAGAGCGGGCGGAUAAGAAACGAUGUGCGGAUAUAUCAGCAAUUAACUGGAUUAAUCAGCGCAAUCGUAACAAGAUGAAGGAACAGUUCCUCAGCGACAAGGUUGAGUUCGAUAUGGGUCAUCAGGAUGAUCCAUUCACUAGGAAGAAGGAAAGGAUGAAGGUGGUUUCUGGCAGCAAAGGAGCUUUGCUAGUGGAGAAUGCUGGCACAUCUAACAAAAGACCCCAGUUUUCACUCGCUCCUACUGCUGUUGCGCCGCGGAAAUGUCGAAAAUCCCCAACCUCUUCCACAUUUGCAUCGUCUUCUACAUCUACUAGCAAUCGACAGCCGGUGCAAUCGAAAAGUGCCAGCAAUUUAUUUGAUCUGCACAGUAGCAUCAGCAAAAUCGAGCUUGAUAUAGAUCUCGGAAAACUAGCUCGACCAGCAACAAGCACGCGACUUGAAGACUCGCUACAUUUGCCGUCCCCUCGUCCUGCAGCACCACCGCCCACUUCAGGGUCGAGACCACUGUCACUGGAAGAUUACCGACGUCGCAAGGCGGCUGCAGCUCAUGCGCAGUAG